UGUGACGUUUUACAGCUGGUUGGCUGCUGCAUUCAUUUCUUCAACGUGAAUUUGAAAGGAAUGAACGGUGUCGUAAGCUUAAUCAUACCUGCAAUUACCCACAAAGCACUUUUACUUGCACGAUAAACCUUGAAGUGGUAGUUACGGAGCGGCUGGCGUUAGAGAUAGUUUGUUGCAAAAAUUGUUAAAGGAAUAUGGCUGAGUCUCAAGAAAGUUUAUUACAGAAAGUUAAAGAUCAGGGAGAUCUAGUUAGAAAAUUGAAGGCUGCAAAGGAAUCUAGCGAGAAGGCAAAGAAGACUAAUAUAGAAUAUAAUCUUGAAGAGAUCAACAAAUGGCUGUACCAAUACAGUUACAUUUGUGGAUAUACUCCUACCACUAGCGAUAUACAACUUUUUAACUAUCUCGAAAAACAUUUAGUUUUUGAAUCAUAUCAGUACAUUAAGAGGUGGUGGUACCAUAUGCGGAGCUUCAGUGUCUCUGAAAUAUCGAAAUUUCCAACAACUCGACCUCCAGCUAUAAUGCAUAAAAUACCAAAAGUCAAUAUUGAUUCUCUGAAUGAGCAGAUCCAGCAAGAGGUAGCAAAAUUACUGGCAUUGAAAGCUGAGCUGGCAUCGGACGAUGCAGGUCCGCAAAAAUUCACACUCAAGACUCCCAAAGGGACUCGUGACUACAAUCCGCAGCAAAUGACAAUACGCAAUAAUGUGCUGCAGAAAAUCAUUGAAGUCUUCAAGAAACAUGGUGCAGAAUGCAUUGAUACACCUGUUUUUGAAUUGAAGGAAGUGCUAACUGGCAAAUAUGGUGAGGAUUCAAAAUUGAUUUACGAUUUGAAAGACCAGGGAGGUGAAAUCCUUUCCUUGCGUUAUGACUUGACGGUGCCAUUGGCACGGUAUCUGGCUAUGAGCAAGAUCAGUACUCUGAAACGGUACCACAUUGCCAAGGUGUACAGGCGAGACAACCCUGCUAUGACCCGAGGGAGAUACAGGGAAUUUUACCAAUGUGAUUUUGACAUAGCCGGCCAGUAUGACAUUAUGGUCCCAGAUGCAGAGUGCCUCAAAGUGGUCACAGAGAUUCUGGACUCUCUCGACAUCGGCAAAUACGUACUGAAAGUGAACCACAGACGGUUGCUCGACGGAAUGUUUGAGGCCUGUGGGGUGCCUGAUGACAAAUUUAGGGCCGCAUGUUCUGCUGUGGACAAGCUAGACAAGUCUCCAUGGGAAGAAGUCAGGACAGAAUUGAUAAAUGAGAAAGGAAUAACCCCAGAUGCAGCCGACAGAAUCGGAAAGUAUGUCCGCUUGAGUGGCAGCACCGAACUCAUCGAGAAAUUGCUCCAAGACCACACAUUGACUGCAGCGAAGCCCUCCGUAGAUGGAUUGUGUGGCAUUAAGAUCCUGCUGGACUAUUGUGAGAUCUACGGCAUUAAGAACAAAGUUGUCUUUGAUUUGAGCUUGGCAAGAGGACUGGACUAUUACACAGGAGUUAUCUAUGAAGCUGUAUUGACAGAGCCCAUUAAAAUCGGCAAUGAAGAGCAGUCCGUAGGCUCGAUCGCCGGCGGCGGACGAUACGAUAACCUUGUCGGGAUGUUUGAUUCGAAGAACAAACAGGUGCCUUGCGUAGGUGUGAGUAUAGGAGUAGAGCGCAUCUUCUCUGUGAUGGAAGCGAAACUCGCCGCGGGAGAUAUGCAUGUGCGGACGAACGAAAUCGAAGUUUACGUCAUAUCGGCGCAGAAAAACUUCCUCGAGGAAAGAAUGAGGAUCUGCAAUGAACUCUGGAACGCAGGCAUUAAGGCUGAACAAUCGUACAAGAAAAACCCUAAAAUGCUCACACAGCUGCAGCAUUGUGAAGAGUACGGCAUUCCGCUCGCCGUCGUCUUGGGCGAGUCCGAACUCAAGCGAGGCGUCGUCAAGAUACGGCACAUCAAGUCGAGGUCCGAAGAAGAAAUACCCCGCGGUAAACUCCUGGCAGAAAUCACAGAGAGGAUAGCUAACCUGGGCAAAAUUGAGAUGAACGGGAACGGGAAAUAAAGUACUUAAUUUUAAUAGAUGUAAUGGUGGUACGAAUGAAAUCUAGUUGUCAAUUCGAGUCAGUGUUUUGACCCUUUUCCUAAAAAUUUGCAUUAAGCCACCAGACCGGUGUAAUGUAACACAAAUUCUACGUGUGGACGGCACUACGAGCAUUACACGUAUGUGCUGCAUACUAUUUCCAUUACACAUCUAUAAUCCGGGUCUUUUCAAGGCAAGAAUGAAUAGGCACUUACAGGCAGGGCAGAUAUGUACCAUCCUAGACUGGAAUUAAACAUUGUAUGGCCUUCGAAGUUUUGUUACAAACUUAUUCACAAAUUAACGAGCGAAAUUAUGUAACACGCGCAGUGAAUAGUGUGUGUGAAUUAUAAUAAGGACUCUUGUGCUAACAAUUAGUCGAAAAUUCGUAGGAUCUUUAUAUUGUUAGGAAAAUUUGCGCCUGUAUUUGUACCGUUCGAAAGAACAUGCUUGAUAAAAUGUAAAUCCAAAAGUCAAUUUACUGACUCGAAUUAGUAACUUGAGGCGAAAUGAUAUCCUAACUGUUUACUCAUUUCGGUUGGUGAGACUGAGUAAAAAGUGUUUUAUUGCUACAAAUUUAAAUCUAAAGUUAUGUGCACGUCAAAAUUUAUAAUAAAUGAUAGAGCAUUAAGUUUGGUACCGUUAGUUCCAUAAAUUAAUGUAAAGUAACUCUAAACAUAAUUUGGGUAUAAGUAAAUGGAUUGUAAGAAUAUUAAAAAUUUUAAAAAAUAUUUUUGAUAAGAUUGAGUUUUGAUGCAGACUUCCAAAAUAUUUUAUCAAGCUUGCCGUGCAUUCAAUAACUUGAGGUAAAAACUAAGGCCCUUAUUACUAAACUAAGCCUAAAACUCGGUUUAAGUCCUUAGAUUAAAUUCUAUAAACGGUUGAAAUUCAGUAUUCAGAACAAUCUAAGGACAGUUUUAGGCCUUCUUUCGUAAUACGGGUCUAGCACAGGGAUGGAUAUGUAUGUCAAAAGAUUUCAUUGCCACAAACAAGCCUCUAGGGUAUUAUUAUGUAUUUAUGUGUAAACUACAAUGGUAUACUAAACAAACCAGUGAUCAGAUAUUUUGUGAUGCUGUUAUGUCCUACAAGCAUGUACAAAAUUUUGUGAUUCCGAGAUUAAUUUAAUGAUUUUAUUCGAUAACGUUGCAUGACGAGACUCAAUGAUAUACGAGAUUCCCGUUUUCACCAUCAAUCCCUAAUUUUAAAGUGACCCAUAUGAAAACAAAAUUCCUGUUAUGUGUUACCAUAGGGGUCACUUAAAAAUUAGGGAUUGAUGGUGAAAACGGGCAUCAGUCAGCCAUAGUUCGUGACAUCCAAAGUAGCCAAAAGUUCGCCAUGUCUUUGUUACAAUAAAUUUAAAUAAGGUCAUCUUUUUAGCCACUUUGGGUGUCACCAACUCUUUGACGCCGACUGUAUCGUCUUUGGGAAUAUUAUUAAUUUAUUAAAUUACUUGUUUAAUAUAAGUAUUUGUGAUAAGAAUUAAGAACUAUGGGUUAAUAAUUUAAUGACUUAUAACUACUAUGGUCUUAUCAUCAAUUUUCAUAUUUGUAUUUUCUACUGUUUCAAAUAGGUUCAUCCGUAGUAUUUAUUUAGUUAAACUAAAUUUCACUCAUUGGCGUCAAAGACGGAAUUUGUAUAUGUGUGCAUUAUAAUUUGUAUGUUAUCAUUAAUUUCUAUGUCGAUUAAAGUUUUAUGAUACAGA